AUGUUAAUUCUCACCGUUGAAGAGACGAAUAAGCUUCGUGCUCAGGUUGGUCUUUCACUGAUCCCGGUCAGCGGAAGCGAAAGAAGUUUGGGAGCGAAGACUGGCCAUAUUAACAGAAAUGAAAAUGAUAUCACUUUGAAUGUACAAGGACGUCGAAGUGGAUGUCGUGAGAUUUCCGUAGAGGAAACCAAUAGGUUGAGAAAUAUUGAGGGUUUGAAGCCUCUUUCAUCCGGUGGAUUACAUGAAACGGAAGUUCCUAGCGGCCGUGACAAGUCUGAUAAUAUCAUACAAAUAAAGAAAAAAUUACACAAAAUCACAUCUGAAUUGAAAGUGUCAGAUCAAAUAGCCAAGGGAGGUAUUGUGGAAAGAACCAGUCCGAAUACAAAUACGCAAGAUGAAGCUAAAUGGUUGGAGAGUUUGGGCAAAGGAGAUGUGGUAAGCAAAGAAAAACUUAAAUUGCACUUUAAAGGAUCGAUAAAUGAAACCCCAAAAAAGCGAAUCACGGAUACUAAAGAGGGAAUUGUGAAAGAUAGUUCUGAUAACAAAAUAAUUCGGAGUUCUAAAAGCUUAGCAAACCUGAACAGUCCAAAUGAACCGUCACGAAAAUCAGCAAACUUAAAUGAUAAUAAUAAAGGUGUCACAAGAAAGAAAAGGAAGAAGUUCAUGGUAAUCCUAGAUGAUGAUGAAAUUGAAACUGUGCAUUCCGAUUAUUUGAAGCCUAAAAGGAUGAAGCGUCUCAAAAAAAAGACAAGAGAUGGAUUCCGAAAUCAAGAAAAGUUUGCUAUCUUUCCAGAAAGAUUAAAGAAUGUGGAGCUUGUGAAUGAAGAUGUUGGAAAUGAGGAUGAUGAAGAUAUCAGAAAGUCCAUGGAUAGUUUCCGGAAGAAAGUUUUAACUCAAAUGGCUCCGAGAGAUAUCCAAAAAAAGAAAGCCAUUCAACAAAAUGAUAAAACACAAACCCGGGGAGUUGGUUUAGAAAUUAAUGAAGAGAUAGAUUUCUUGAAUAAAUUUGAUUAUGAAAAAAAUGUUCAGAUGAAAGGGAAUCGCCGCCAAGAAUUGAAUACUGAUACAUCCUUUGAUGACCACUCCAAAUUGGGCCCUGCGGAUACCGAUGUAGUCAAAAGAGAUAUUUCAAAAAUUAUGGAUAAAGGAUUAAAUGAAAUAUCGACCCUUGGUAUUGGUGCAAUGGUUGAUGCUCUAAAAGAUGCUACUCCAGAAAAGAAAUCCUCGCCAAAUCAAAUCAAUUUGGUUUAUACAGAUGAUAGUGGCAAAGUACUAACAACUAAGGAGGCUUACAAGUAUUUAUCCCAUAAGUUUCAUGGCUUUAAAAGAAGGUGA